AUGAAAGCCUUCCUGACACGCCCUAAACGGAAAGCUUCCCCGCCUCAACCGGACAGGACGGAGCCGGAGGAGCCAACAGAGGUCAAGUUGGCACUCUUGUCAUCUCUGCAUCCGACAUUCGAGCAGGAAGACUUGUUGGAUAUUCUACUGGCCCAUGAUGGAUCCGUCUCUGAGGCGUCCGCUUCGCUCAAGAUUCGGCCCCAGGCGAAGAAGGGCGGUCGGGCCAUUGGGUAUCAGCAGUCCCUGAAGCAGUAUGCGUCGCCAAGUAGCUCAAGCUCACUGGCCACGUCGCCGGUGAAGAAGAAGUUCAAGUCGAAGAAAGGCAGCACUCUGCACCUCUACGACCCGGAAGACGUCGCAGAGCACACGCCAUGCACCAUCAUCCACAACUUCCUCCCACCUGAGGACGCCAACGAGCUCCUGAAGGAGCUGUUGGAGGAAGCAAAGACAUUCGAAAAGCCACCCUUUCAGUUGUUUGAGAAUGUCGUCUCCAGCCCGCACACAUCGAGUUUCUUUGUCGAGAGUUACGACGAGAUCCGGCGGACAAAGACCGACUAUCACUACAAUGGGGCUAGACUGACGGAUGUACGGCGGAUUACACCACAGCUCCUCAAGGUGAAACCCAAGGUUCAAGAAGCCGUCAACGCCGAGAUUCAGAAGCGGAUCAAGACACGUUACCCAGGGGGUAAGAAGCUCAAGUAUCAGCCGCCAGAGGACUGGAUUCCCAACUCGGCCAUUGUCAACAAUUACCGCGGUCCGCAGGAGAGCGUUGGCUGGCACAGCGAUCAUCUGACAUAUCUCGGUCCACGAGCGGUUAUUGGGUCCGUCUCCCUCGGUGUCGCCCGCGAGUUUCGAGUCCGUCGGAUAAUACCGAAGGACAGCGAUAAGAAGCCCGUCGAGGAUGCAGACGCCGAGGGUCAGAUAUCCAUCCACCUCCCCCACAACUCGCUUCUGGUAAUGCAUGCCGAAAUGCAGGAGGAGUGGAAGCACUGCAUCUCGCCGGCGUUGUCGAUAGAUCCCCACCCCAUCUCAGGGGUAAGUCGCAUCAACAUCACCUAUAGGGAUCACCGCGCCAACAUGCACCCUCGGCGCACGCCAAGGUGUCCAUGCGGUGUCCCCUGCGUGCUCAGAGUGGUGACCAAGAAGAAGGAGAACUUUGGCAAGUACUUUUGGAUGUGCUAUGCCGGCAACGUGCCGGGCAAGGACAACUGCGGCUUCUUUCAGUGGGCCGAAUUUGACGAUGAUGGAAAUCCUUUAUUUAAGAAGACAGAUCCAAAGACAUCCUAA